AUGGCUUAUAACAAAGUAACCUUAACUAUCACCAUUCCCGAAAAUGUUUACGAAAAACUAAAAAGAGUUGUUGGCUCCGGAAAAGUUAGUAAAUUUGUCAGCGAGGCAAUCGAAAAAACUUUAUCUGAGGAAGAGAAAAAAAUUGUUUUGGACUACCAGAAGCGAACUAAAGAUAAAGAGCUGGGUCAAGCCAAACCUUUCCUGAACAUGAUUGUUUUAAGUAAUGACCUCCAUAAUGAAUUGGCCGACCAUAUAAUUGUUGCCUUAGCAAGUGGCAAAAAUAUGGAGUCAAUUAGUCCUACUUUUGAAGUUUAUUGUGAAGUCGAAAAAAGACCAUUAAAAGUGCUAAUUAGUGAAAUUCAUACCAUUACUAAGGAAAGUUUUUUUGGCCGAGCAAUCUAUUUAGGGAAAAUAAAAAAGGAACAACUGGAAGCGUCAGAAAUUAUUGAUGAAGUAUUAUUGCUUUGUUUUUAUCGGCCACGCUCUUUUACCGGUGCGGAUGUGGUGGAAAUCAGUUGUCAUGGCAAUUUGUUUAUUAUCAACCAAAUAUUACAAUUAACUUUGGAAAAUGGUGCAGAAUUGGCCAAAGCCGGAGAAUUUACUAAGCAAGCCUUUUUUAAUGGCAAGUUAAACCUAAUUCAAGCCAGUGCAAUCAAUGAUUUAAUCCGCGCUCCCAGUUUCUCAGCCGCCAAGUUAGCCCUCCAUAAUUUAAGCCCGGAAACCCAAAAAGAAUUUGACACUAUUGAAAACGAAUUAUUAGAUAUUAUUGCUACUAUUAAAGUCAAUAUUGAUUAUCCCGAAUACGACGGAGUAGAAUACUUAACUGGCAAAGCAACCCUUGCCCGCUUAAGCAAAUUGGUUGAGAAAUUACAAAUAAUUAAAGCAACUGGCGCCAAAGCCCGUGUUUACCAAGAAGGAUUAAAAGUAGCCAUCGUCGGUAAGCCGAAUGUAGGUAAAUCUACGCUCUUGAAUGCCUUAUUACAAGAGGAAAAAGCCAUUGUUUCACCGAUUGCCGGCACCACCCGCGACAUAGUUGAAGCUCGUUAUAAUUUAAAUGGAAUUCCUUUAACUCUGUUAGACACAGCCGGCAUUCAUGAAACCUCAGAUAUAGUCGAAAAAAUUGGUGUAGAACGAAGUUGGCAAGCCUUAACCAAGAACUAUUUACUCAUUAUUAACAAAAUUGAUGAACCAAAUAAAUUACAAUUGCCUGCUAUUGCUCGGGGGAAAAUUUGUCGAAUUAGUGCCAAAAACCAGCAAUUGAGUGAAUUAGAAGCCAAAAUUGGUGAACUUUUUGCCGGAAAUUUAAUAAAUAAUUUGUCCGCUUAUCCUUAUUUAAAGACUUAUUUGGACGCAGUUUGUGGUGAUUUGGAAGUUAGUUAUAAAUUAGUCAAGGAAGUGAGUGGCAAAGAGUACAACGAUAACUUAUUAGACAUUAUUUUUAUUAUUAUGACCGAACUAAUAAUUAUCAAAACUAGCGAAGGAGAAAGAAUAAAAAAAAUCCUUGCUGAAAAGAAUAUCAACUAUGAAACAUACCAAGCAGAAGAAAUUUCAAAUAAAAAAAUUAGUGAAGAAGAAUUAGGAAAGGCUUAUCGGGAAGCAUGGAAUAAUCCCCAAAGAUAUCAAGAGGCUCAACAAUGGGAAAAAGCAGCCGUAAGCGAUUGA